AUACUACUAUCCAUCUACGUUUCACCUGCCGUUCUGAACUUGCGAGUCAAACGCUUAACCAGAGAAAUGACGGACAAAACGCCUUAUUAUGUCUAUAAACUUGUGCCGUCCACAGCGCCCGUCCGAGAACCGCUCCCAGAGCAACUCCCCGUCAGUGCACUCGACCAACAGUCGGGUUUCAUCCACCUCUCCACUGCAUUUCAGGUGCCGAACACGCUGAAGUUAUUUUUCAAAGAUGAACCCCUUGUUUAUGUUCUCCGGAUUUCGUAUGAGCGUGUAGCUGAGAAUCUCCGUUGGGAAAAUCCCGAGGGCACCGUAUGCGGGCCGAGACCGGAAGAGGGCUUGUUCCCGCAUCUGUACAAUGAUCUCAAGUUAGGGAAGGAUGAGGUGGAGAGCAUCGCCAUUUGGAUCAAUGACAAUGGAUGGGAUCAUGCUCUCUCACAAGCGACGCCAUGGCUUGUGUAUUAAGAGGGUACUUUAAGCUACUGCUUGCUACGUUGAAAAAAUAAAUACAACUUCUCCUUGCUUCA